AGAGUGAGAGUGAGGGAAGGUAACGCGAAAGAAUAUCUUCACCGAUCUCGGAGGAUAAUAUCUCUACGAGGUUUUAAUUAAUCGGCUCUCGCACGCUCUAUCACCUGUCUACCUGCGCCAAUCCUCUAUCCUUCGUCUGUAAAAAUACGGCGGUGAUUGUUUAUAAUAAACGAGUCCAGUCAUAUCAAAUUCGAGCGAUUUUAUCCUUAAAGGGAUGAGGUAAAAGAAAGGCUAAGCUUUAACGCUGCCAAAGCAGUUCGUCCCGCAUACCUGAUACCUAACGUGCAAUUGUGCCAAAAGUGACUACUGAUGAAUUUUUAACAUAAGUGUAGUCCGCACUUGAAAGAACACUGUUACGAUCAAUUGCACCUGUUUACGAGGCCUGCACGAACGUAUCCUUCCAGGCGCACCACGUGUCGCGGAUGAAGCGCGGCCGUAUCCUCGGCACCGUGCGGGGCUUCCGGGGCUGCACUGUCUGGCUGACGGGGCUCUCCGGGGCCGGCAAGACCUCGAUCGCCUUCCAGGUCGAGGCCAUCCUCGUGGACCUGGGAAUAGCGGCGUACGGCCUCGAUGGCGACAACGUACGUAAGGGCCUCAACAGUAACCUCGGCUUCAGUCCCGUCGACCGGAAAGAGAACAUACGCAGGGUCGCCGAGGUUGCCAAGCUCUUUGCCGACAGCGGCCAAAUAUGCCUCUGUAGCUUCGUCUCGCCUUUCGAGGAGGACAGGAUGAUUGCGCGCCAGAUACACAACGAAUUCAACCUACCCUUCUUCGAGGUCUUCGUUGAUACGCCACUUAACGUCUGUGAAGCCAGGGAUGUCAAAGGUUUGUACAAAAAGGCGCGCGAAGGCUCGAUCAAAGGCUUCACGGGGAUUGACCAAAUGUACGAGAGGCCCAACAAUCCUGACUUAAUCGUUACCACCGAAAAGUGUACCCCAAGAGAGUCUGCUUUGACGGUGGUGAGGUUCCUUCAGAGUAUGCGCAUAAUACCCGAGAUCUCGGAACCUGGCGCACCGGUGCGUGAGCUCUUUCUCUCUAUCUCCAAGCUCCAAGAAGCCAAGGACGAGGCAAGGUGUCUCGCGAGCCUCGAUCUUAACGAAAUCGACGUCCAGUGGCUGCAGGUGCUCGCCGAAGGUUGGGCCGCACCUCUCACCGGAUUCAUGCGCGAGGAAGAGUACCUGCAGGUUCAACACUUAAAGUGCCUCAUACACGACGGGAAGGAAGUAAGCCAGUCGGUGCCAAUUGUCCUGGCGGUGAGCGACAAAGACAAAAAUCGGCUAGAGGGCUUAAUGGCGAUUAGCCUCAAGCAUAACGGCACAAUCUUGGCGAUCCUCAGACGGCCGGAAUUCUAUUAUCAUCGUAAGGAGGAGCGCUGUUGUUGGCAAUUCGGCACGAACGAUCUUGGCCACCCUUCGGUACGCAUGAUCCACGAGUCGGGAGAGUGGCUCCUCGGCGGGGACCUCGAGGUUUUCGAGCGCAUCAAGUGGAACGACGGCCUGGACAUGUACAGACUCACGCCAAAUGAAAUUAGAUUGCAAUGUAGGAGGAUGAACGCCGACGCGGUAUUCGCGUUCCAGCUCAGGAAUCCCAUUCACAAUGGCCACGCGCUUCUCAUGCAGGAUACAAGAAGACGCUUAUUAGAAGAGAGGGGCUUCAAAAAUCCAUUGCUGUUAUUGCAUCCAUUGGGCGGUUGGACAAAAGAUGACGAUGUGCCCCUAGAAGUUCGUAUUCGUCAACACAAAGCUGUGCUUGACGAAGGCAUUUUAGACGCCAGCACAACUUUAUUAGCUAUUUUUCCUAGCCCAAUGUUGUACGCCGGACCAAUUGAGGUGCAAUGGCACGCGAAGGCGAGAAUGAACGCAGGUGCAAAUUUUUACAUAGUUGGCAGGGAUCCGGCUGGGAUUCUUCAUCCAAACAAAUAUUCCACACCCGAUGGCAACCUUUACGAUCCAUCGCAUGGUGCAAAGGUUCUUUCCAUGGCUCGGGGACUACAAAGCUUAGAGAUUAUUCCAUUCAGGGUAGCAGCCUACGACAACGCGAACAAAAGGAUGGCCUUUUUUAAUCCCAGUCGAAAAAACGAUUUCGACUUCAUAUCGGGAACAAAGAUGAGAAAUUUGGCUAAAGCCGGACAAUUACCACCGCAUGGAUUUAUGGCUCCAAAAGCAUGGGAAAUUCUUGCAAAGUAUUAUCAAGACGUAAACUCGCAAUAAUAAUUAAUUAAAAGAAUUUUUUAAUUUGACUCCGUUUUAUAAAGUUUUA